AUAUAUGUUUUCUCUCUUUCACAUCUCUAUUUACUGACUCUUUCUCGAGUGUCUUGAAUGUGACAUGGCGUCCGCCAAGAUAUAUCACGGCCUCCUUUAAAACUGUUUUAAUGACAGUGGUUUCAUUUUGCAUUUUAUUACUGAGGCCGUAAUAAAUCGUAUAUUUGCAUUGAUGGUAAUGCAUGCAAGGAAACCUCAGCGAAUAAGCGAUGGGUACUUUGAGAAGCACCAGGCCCAUCCGUAUCAGAAGUACAAUUCAAAAAGAGCCACUAGUGAGUAUGUCUCUUCUGAUAACCGGUAUACACCACUACGAUCUCCAAAUGGCAAUGUGUCGUCGCAUGGUCACAGCACACACACAAGCCACUCUGGACAUGGCCAUCACCACUAUGGACAUGUGGUUGAUGAAAGAGGAUACACAACAUCCAGAAGUUACUUGCCGAAAGGUUCUGAAAAGGAGAGAGAUAGAGACUAUAAAUCCUCUAGGAAUAAGUACACAGAUAGUGUCAGGUCACCGAAGGAAAAACGUAACAAUAGUGAAAGAGAGAGAAGUAACCAUGAACGAAGUGAUUCAGAGAAAAAGAGUAGGACUAGUGGCAUGAACAUUAGUGUUAGUAGGAGUAGUAAAUAUGACAAGAGAAGUGCACCUUCUGCAAGCGUGCCUUCUGGCAGUGAAUGGUCAGAACACAUUAGUUCAUCAGGAAAAAGGUAUUAUUAUAACUGUAUCAGUGAAGUGUCACAGUGGGAAAAACCUAGGGAAUGGGAUUUACGACGGACAUCAUCCAAAGAUUCAACAUAUUCAUCUAGAAGCAAUCGCGAAAAAAGGUCAAGUUCGCGGUCGGGGAGAAGGGAGUCUGAUAAAUCUAGUAAAAGAACUAAUAAUACCUCAGAGAGAUAUUGGAAUAAUAGAGAUGAAGAGGCGUAUGACCGAACAAGACCAAAACAUUCGACGUCUGCACACGAAGGUAAAGAUGGACAAUCAUUACAAGACAUGGACAUAUCUCCAGAUAGGAGUACACCCCUCUCAGAGAAUUCAUAUGGAGCCAGAGAAACGAAUUCAACGGUUCGGAAUAACUCUGAAAACAAUGCAGUCCCUCCGGUCGUCGUACUCGACAACUCAAAUCAAACGAGCGGGUCAUUGCUCGCGGCGGCGCUACCGAGGAUUGUGGCGGCACCUCCACCGGUGACGACGGCGAUAAUUGCUAACAACGGAACUGCGUCGCCCGCGUGCGAGACGAAUGCAGCGAUCGCGUUAGGGAGCGGCGCCGGUACCCCGCAUCGGGACGCAGGCCCGCCCACGCCUACGCAUUCCGAAAACACGGACCCUCACGCACCGCCGUUGCACUUAGAACAAGCUCUGCCUAGAAAAAUGGAAUGCUUGGGCAGUUAUUCGUCAGUGGUCGGCGGUACAUUGCACCACGCACCUCCAAUGCUGACUCCUUCGCUAGUGAACUAUGUGCGGACUGACCUCACGACACACGUCACGGGUUGGCCAGCUGAUAUUCUUGAGAAGCAGGCCAAUAAGUUCACGGAGGAGGCAUAUCAGCUAGGUUGUUUGCAGUGCACGCGAGUGUCCGCUGAGUUGAAGUGUUCGCGUUCGCUUGUACGUCACACUGAGAUACAGGCUACAUUACAGGAGCAAAAGAUAAUGUACCUGCGGCAGCAGAUAUCGCGAUUGGAGGAGCUUAAGUCGCAAAACUCCUUCAUGUCGGAGGACUAGGAGUCGUGGUGGGGCGUGACCAUGGCGACCGCCCCCGCCCCCACAAACUCGUCCGUAUCUGCACAGCCGCCGCCGCUUACGCGCGCUGCAUUUCCCACCCUCUCGAGGGCACUUUCAUCCAUCAAUGCUAAACAUUGUUCAUUCCGUUCUUUUUCUAUGUAAUUUAGAUCGAACGAUUACUGUUGUGUUGUGUGAUUUGAUGUUAACAUUUAAGAAUUCAUUCUUGUGACACUCGACGGAAUUCGUCAGUUUUAAUAGUAUUUUAAAUUGCAUUACUGCACAAGGCCAAUUAACGAUUGAAUCAAUGAUAUCGUGUAGUAGCAGCAAUACAGUCAAUCGAUAUAAUUUUUAUUAUGAAUAUGAAUGUAAUUUAUUUGUAAUUUUCAUUUAUAAAUGCAGAUUGUAAUUUUAAUAAUGUAUUUGUUUAUUACUUAUUUAUUAGAUUUAAUGUUCUUUUAUCAAUUUACUGCAUGCAACAGGUUUACUUGGCAAUUUCCUAGUCAAGAGACUAUUUUAUUAUCUAUCAGUAUCAAAUUAAAUUUUAGAUUUAUUGUUUUCAUACAUAGUAUGUAAGGUGAAGGCCACUGGUCUUAUAAAUAUCUAAGCCGUUUAGACUUCAAGGCACCUGAUCUCGUGGCUUUUUAGACCUUGUGUGGGUUUGAAGCUCAAGGCAAGUGAUAAUCUUUAAUUAAAUAAUUCAACAUGAGUUUGAAAAAUUCUGUUGUUUUUUUAUUUGAGCUUAGUGAUUGAUUUUUGUGUAUGUAUUUGAGUUUCAAUAUAAUUCUCUAAUUGUGUAUGAACCUUUCAGAAAUUUUAACUUGUUUUAGGCAGAACGUGCAUGUAAUUAGAUAAAUAUUUCUGCCAUGUCUAUAAUAAUUGCAGAGGCACACAGCUUUGCAUCUUGAUUUAAUACUGAUUGCCAGUUUGACCUGUUGCAAAGAAUAUAUACAUAUUAUAAUGUUAAGAAAUUUUAAACGUUUGAUUUUCUAAUCAGCUCAAAUGCUUAUCACAUAUUAGCUGGUUAGCAACUCCAAUAGGUUAAAGUUUCCUGACAGACACACAAUUGUAACAUCAUUACAGACUAUCAUUACAACCCGUUAUCCAAAUAUAUAUGGCAAGAUUUUAUGUAUUUAUUGAAUAUCUAACAUAUUAAUUUACUAAACUGUGCGAUCAUAAUGUUGUUAUAUAUACUUUUAAAGUGAUAAUUAUACUAAUUUAGAAUGCAGAGAAAUGCAAAGAAUAGAAAUGAAAUGCAAUUUAUUUGCCAGAAACAUUGUAGAUAAUAGUAUAAAUAUGUGAGUGUUUCAUGACUGUAUCGCCGCAAAAAUUCGCCAUGUGUACCAUGAAUAUAUCCUUUAUAAUCAAAUUAAUUAAUUUUCCAAUUGAAUUAUUAAAUGAAAUUAUUUUUUAUAGUAGGUAGGUUAAGUUGAUAUGCAACACGACGCGGCGCGCGUCAACAAAUGAGGAGCGAAUGCGUGAUACCGCAACAUUGGUUAAUGUUUAUUAAAAACAAAAAAUAUUUUAUUUGGUGAUAUAAUAUUUAAUUAUGUUUACAAUUAUUUAAAUUGAAAUACCGGUGGCUGAUAAAUUUUCCACUUAAUUCAUUAUACAGUCAGUUUAUUACUUAUAAUUCAUCGGUCAGUUAUAAGGGUAUAGUGUUUUGUAAUGUGUUUAUUGUAAAGAAUAAAUUAUUAAAAUAAUACUUUCUUAGAAAAUUAUUGUUUUUUCUAUAGUUCUUAUACUAGCCUUUAUGCAUGCCGUAAAGCAAUAGCGACCAUUUAGUUAAAUUCACGUUGCUCACUCACAACAGGGAAUUACUUUAUCAACCAAUGUUAAUUUUUUAACUAAUCAAUGUGUAAACUUUGUAAAAACCUGGUAUUUUAUAAUAAUAGAUAUAGCAGUCAGAAAGUCGUGUAGUUUUAUAUUAGUUGUUUUCGAAAAAUAAUGUAAGCUUAAUUAAUAUUGAUCACAAUAUUUUGCAUGAGUGCGACACAAACGAAAGCGAAGCCAAGGGAAACUGUAUUUGUUUACACGAGUAAUAUUAGCGAAUCAUUAGUUAGAUAAAACAAACUCCGCUCUAGGUUUUUAUUUCUUUUAAUAUAGAUAUAAUAUAAUUACAUUUCAAAACAGUCUAUUGUAAAUUAACAGAAAUAAGUACUGUGAUAUUCAUUCACUUUCACAUGUAAUAAUAGUUAAUAAUAAUUAUAUGUAUGUAGGUCUGUGUGGAGAUAAUAUAAUAAUAUCAAUUACUGUUAGGUGCACACUGUUUAUAAUCACGUAAUUUUAAUUUUAGGGCCCUUUGAUGCAGGUCUCUUAUAAUUUAUAGAAUUUAUAUUUACCGUGUGAUGCGACUAUCCACUAUAAUUUUUUACAUAAUUCGAACGUUUUAUAUAUUUCUACUUGCUAGUUUUUUAGAAAAGUAAAUGUUUACGCAGAUUUUAGAACAUUUAAAAUUAAAAUAUAAUAAUAAAAUUAUUUUGUGAAAGCAUGCGUUCAGAAUAGUUCUGAGUAAAUCAAAUAGUGAGAUUUUAAUUUUUCCUUAUCCAAUGCUGUAGCUAAGCCGAAUUUAUAAUGAUUCAGUUUAGGAUUUUAUUAAACACCAACUAGCUAUAUGCCCUCUACUUCAUUUGUGUGGAUUUUAAAAGUCAGAAAACAUAUUAAAUAUAUAGAUUUUAUGUCAAAUUCAGGAAUAUAACUAUGAAAACCGUAUCCAAUUUGAUGCAGUAGUUUUUGCGGGAUGCCGGAAUAAACAUAUAGAGAGACAGACAAAAUUUAAGUAAGAUAAAUAAUAAUCAACACGAUGGCUGAUUCUAAUAUGAACCGAAGUAUAAAUAAUUUCAUAUAAUAUUACUAAUGUAAUAAAAUUGUGAUUAUACGAUGUCUGUACGUGGAAGAAAUUUAAAAAAAAUAUGAGGGAUUAAUGAAAAUUAUUGCUUAUUAAGACCAAUAGACGGUAAAACUUUUUUUUUUAACUUUUGCUUACAUCGUUACAAAAACUACUGUACGAAAUUGGAUGCUGUUUUUACAGUUGUGUUUCUGAAGGUGUAACUUGAAAUCUGAUAUAUGUUUUAUUUUGAAACACCAUCUAAAAGUGGUCUACGCGGACGAAGUAGAGGGCAAGCAAGAACAUCUAGUAUAUAACAUGUCGUGAGUAAAAAUGAUAAUGUCAUUGGAGCAUUAUUGCAGAUAUUAUGUCAUGCACUUAAUUUCCAGUACCAUUAUCACAUAUUGUCGAUAUAUCAAUCGUUCUGAUAAAAAAUAAUGUUAUAUGGGAUGUAUUUCUUUUCUAUCGACAAUCUGAGUGAUAAAUUUUUAGAUUUGUUAAAAAUAUAAAUAUGUAUUUUAUUUAUAAAAACGUAUUUUAAAUUAUUGGGCAAAUACUGUAGAUUUGUAAAAUAUAUAAUGCAGCGAAUUCAUAUUUUUAUUAAAUUUCUGCUUUCGUUGGAAUGAUAACCAAAAAUAAAGACCUCUGUCACAGUAAUGUUUUAAUAUAUUAGUUGUCAAGCAAAACUAGAUCUCGAUUUUUUAUUACUUAACUAGAAUUAUUUAUUUGUAAAUGUUAUGCAAGCUAUCAAAUAAGUUGAUUCAAAAUUUGGUUAAGAAUUUCUGUGGUUAGUAUUGAAUAGUGGAAAACGGUAUUUUAUUAAAUAUAAUUAAAUCAUAUAUUACUUUGAACGUUUAUUUAUGAGGGGACACGUUUGUGACAGAGUAGUUGACAAAGUGAGGAAGUGGUAGCUACUAAAUAACCGACGUAAAAAUUAACCCUUGAACAUGUUUAAACUUUGGGAAACAAUAAGAAAUAAUAAUAUUUCUCUUAGAUCAUUUGGUAGAUUAUUAGUCUUUUUUAUUCUAUCUUUUUUAUAUCUCUAAUUUAUUUUUUUAUUUCAAAAUUCGUAAUAAACGUGCCGUCCUCUUUUGACUGUCUUCGGAGGUGGGAUUAUUUUUUAUAAAUUAUAUAUGUUACUGUAAAAGCCUGCACAUUGGUAAAUCUGAAGUUUUAUCAGAAAAUCUUAAGAUUUACCAAUGUGAGUUGGUAAAUGUAAGGAUUUUAUAAAAACAAGAUCAUUUUUCUUUUUCGAAACUUUUUCAGUUUAGAUUUUUUUCACAACAACAACGUUUUUCAUUUUAACCAACAUAAGAAAAAUAAUAAUUAUCUUUAAUAAAAAUCAAUUAGGACUCUGAAUUCCAUACAAAAAUUACUAUUCCGACAUCAGUCCUACCAUUUCGUUACGUUUUUACAUUUUUUUGUAACAGAUGUGUAAAACAGUAAAAUUAAUCAGCUAAUUUUGCAUUGAAUAAUUAACUAAUUUUACACUGAGCGUAUAUGAAAUAUUUACCAGGAAACAAUAAUGUUAAAAACAGAAAUUACAAUAAUAUUUGAAAAUAGUAAUGCAGUUGACAGAGCGGAUGCGGAAUAAACUCACGCAUUUUCUUUCCUUACGUGUGGAUAACAGACUUGACUCGCUAGGGUGUAGCGAUGCAUGGCAUAGGUCCAAGGAGAAGAGGAUAUCGUGCUGUUGCCUAACGAUGCAGUUAUAAAUUGCUAUUGUUCAUUGUUUCAUAAAGUGUGUGACAGAGGUAGCAAUAAAAAUCAUAUACAUCGGGGGACAGGACAUAAUUUUUUUCUAUUUACUAAUUGAAAUAAUUAUGUAAAUUUUUACUAUUAUAUAUUUAAGGAAUACAAUAAACUUUUUAUAUUAUAAAGUUCUAUAUAAUUUUUUCACGGGACGCACUUUAUCUAUAUGUGCGUAAAACAUCUCUAUCACACUUUUUGUGUAUCUGUCACAGAUAUUUUGUAAAAACGAAUUAUAGUAAAUAGUUUUAUUGUUACUAUAAUCAUUGCACAGUCAAAAUAUUUUUUGUUAGAAAAAUAAUUAAGAUUCUAAAUAUUUUGGAAGUAUAACUUUUUAUUUUUGUAAAUAGACAUGUCUUGUUGAUAGAAAAGAAGAAAGCCCCAUAUAUUAUUUAUGUUAGCUUGUAUAUAACGGGGUCGAUUCUGAAGCACCAUUUUUCUAAAUCUGUCACGAAAAUUAAAAUUGCAGUUUAUUAUCACAACAAAAUCUUUAUGCUUUUAUGAGAGCCAAAAAGAACUAAAUUUCAAGUAAAUUUAAAUAAAAAUUAUUAUAAAUUUAAUUUAUGGUGGUCUAUAAAACUAUGAAAUUUAAACAGAUAUGUUACAGACAAGGCGCUUCAGAAUUCACUCCAAUUAAUAUAAUUGAGUUUUCAGAUGUCUUCAUGAUGAGAUGAGUAAAUGAUGAUAGAAUCAUCAUUAUUUUUAAUUAAAGUGAAUUCAUUAUAUCGGCGUUUCUACAAGAUAGUUUCUCGAAAUAUAAAAUAAUUGGAAAUUUAAGAAUCGCGUAACGACUGAAUUUUAACUCUUGUCAUAAUGUCGUUCUUUAUAUUAACUAUCGUAUAGUUUUAAAUAAACUAUAACACAAUUAAUAUAGAAAUCCAGAAUUUAUCUUUCUUUAAAGGCCUACGCAAUCGACGGACAGUCCUUAACAUAUGUUUUCUUGAUCAAAUACAAACAUCGCAUCGCAGAGAAACCGAGCGUUGUAAAGAAAGCUUCGCCGAAUUUGCGAAGACAAGAAGGGCGAGCAUAUGUAUAAAUCGACGCGAGUGUUCGAAAAAGUACGUCGCUUACAACAACACCUUAAAGCCAAUUCCGGAUUUCGGUCAGUGUUAGGCGUUACGUAGGGAAUUUUAUAAUUAUUCUGAAUGUAUUUUAAUUCUAUUACACAAACUGACUAGCACAAUGUUCAAUGUUAGAAAUUAGAUACUCUAGUUUCGUGAUUACUAAUGAUAUAUUUUAGUUCUAGUUACUGAUUUUAAUGAUUAUUAUUAUUUUAAAAAUUAUUAAGAAUUAAUUAUUAUUAUUAAUAAUAUUUUAAAAAUUGAUAAGAUUUAUUAAUUGAAAAAUUCUCUGUUUUAUCUUUUUUUUUCUUCCUCUCCAAACUCAGAUUUUAAUGCAUGUACUAUCUCAAAAAAAUUGUCUACUCUUAGUAUUGCAAUUUCAUUAAUUUCCAAGCGUACAAUGUUUGUACGUCUUCUGCGAUGUAUCUUUACCCUCGAGGGACAAAAUAUAAUAUUUUCAUAUUUCCGCGGCCAAAUAUCCCUCGAUGGCGUUGGCCUUAAAUUAAAUAUUUGAAUUGGCUAUUAUAUUUACCAUCAGAAAAUUGCAUUUACAAUUAGAUUCAUUAUGGAAUGUGGAAGUUCAUGUGGUAAAAACAACUAUACUGAGCAUAACAAUUGUGUUCGAACAACAUUUGUCGUGUAUUGGGCGUGUGUGGCUAAUUUCUCGUUUCGUCGCUCACUUGAUUAUUGCUGUAUUUGUAAAGAGACUUGUUAAUUUGCCCGCCGUAACCUAGUAUAAUAAAUAUGAAAAAUAUGACUUUGUAUGUCGCCUCCACACAGGACUCUCUUCAUCUUACAUUUUCUUUCCAUGUUUCCAUAACUGUCGUACAUUACUUUCUGAUAUGUUCGAGAUACGAAGAUUUAACCAGAUUAAAUAAAUCAGUUUCAAAUAAAAUCAUUAGUAUCAAU